AUGAUGCUCCCGACCCGCAAGCUUUUGCUGUUCUUGAUCUUUACGGCGAAUACCGCCGGAACCGACUACGGGGAGGCAUUUCAACGAUACACGGAAAGCUGGUGGACUGUGGCACAGCCCGGUUUCGAAGGGCUGGAAAAGAUGCGGGCCCUAGCCGGACGUGCCGACACCCUUCUCACCCUCGCGGGCCCCGUGGGCGCAGUGAUCGCCGCCGGUGCAAAAGUGAUAUUCCCGCCGACGUCUCCGGAAGCCCGCGCCAUCGAACAGCUCAAAACGCAGAUCUUCGAGCAGAAUCAGGCGAUUCGCCACGCCCUGCUAGCCGGGUUUGCGGCAACACAUAAAGCGAUGGUGUCACUCAGCUGGGACGAGAGAGUCCGAACCCCGGUGACCAAGCUCGAGGAGGCAUUCAACGAUGUACUCCUAGACCCGGCGACGAUGCAUCUACACACAGACGACUAUAAAAACCGCUGCAAGGACAAUACACCGCUAAGUGUGCUGAAAACAAUAUACGAUCUGGUCGUCCGUCCCUGCGCAAUUCCCACAGAGGCCGAUGUGCUGCUAUCAAUUAGCGCAAGGAAAACCCUUCGGCGAAUCGAGUCGACACUGCCUAGUCCAGCGCCACACACCGCGGCCAAGUACGCAGACGCCAAGAAAGAUUUCAUCGUCCGCAUCACACAAACACAGGAUUCUCGGGCAUAUGCGAAGCUGGAAAAACUCACCAAAGCACAGCCUGACACCUUCGAAAAGCUGAUCGAGCUGAUGAAGGGUGAAUAUGAUGAUCUGAUGCAGCCAGCAUGCAUCCUCUCUGCGGUCUAUGAAGAAGCCGACGGAUCAAGGGUCGCUCUGGAUAUGGAACUCCUACAAAUCGAGCAAACGAUAAAAUCGUUGAUAUUGUAUGGAGGUGCCUGCCUCAACAUCACCGAGGACGGCAAUCCGUUCCGCAUUGAGGCAAAGCGAAAAGAACUGGCUUCCAUCAUAACAGAAAUUACUCGCCAUGCGGCUGACUGGGCGGAAAAAACGGAGGAGACCGCGUGGCCACUUGGCCAGCAUGAGCGGGCAAAAAAUCAGCUGUGGUCACUGAUACCAGCCACUGCCGAAGCAGCUGCAGCUGUUGUGCAACAAGCUUUUGAAACAUCGGGACUGAAACAAUACGAGUACCAAACUGUGGCACACCCGGGUUCUUUGAAGCCUGGCGCUCAAUAUGUCACCCAGGGAUCGAACCGCACCUACUACUGUGUAAAGGACACUGCCGGAUGGACGGUUCAUAUCUACCGUUUUAAUUACUCGGACCGAGGACAAAGAAGAGGAUCUGGCAAACGCUUUAAGACUGUCGCU